GCUCGGGGCGCGCACAGGGCCUGGCGGGACGCCCCAUCUUAGCAGAGGGCGGCUCGCCUGCAGCGUGGGGAGCAGAGGCCCGGCCCAGAGCUCGGGCACGCGGAACGCAGUGCUCAACACGGAGGCGCGCACCAUGGACGCGGACGUGCUGAGCCGCCGCUGCGUGCUCGUGCGCCUGCUGGACUUCUCCUACGAGCGGUACCAGAGGGCCCUGCGCCAGUCGGCCGGCGCCGUGGUCAUCAUCCUGCCGCGGGCCAUGGCUGCCGUGCCCCAGGACGUCAUCCGGCAAUUCAUGGAGAUCGAGCCCGAGAUGCUGGCCAUGGAGACCAUCGUCCCCGUGUACUUUGCCGUGGAGGAUGAGGCCCUGCUCUCCAUCUACGAGCAGACGCAGGCUGCCUCCGCCUCCCAGGGCUCAGCCUCGGCCGCCGAAGUGCUGCUCCACACGGCCACCGCCAACGGCUUCCAGAUGGUCACCAGCGGGGUCCAGAGCAAGGCCGUGAGCGACUGGCUCAUCACCAGUGUGGAGGGCCGGCUCACCGGGCUCGGCGGAGAGGAGCUCCCCACCAUCGUCCUCGUGGCCCACUACGACGCCUUCGGAGUGGCCCCUUGGCUGUCGCACGGCGCGGAUUCCAACGGGAGCGGCAUCUCCGUGCUGCUGGAGCUCGCCCGCCUCUUCUCCCGCCUCUACACCUACAAGCGCACCCACGCUGCGUACAACCUGCUUUUCUUCGCCUCCGGAGGGGGCAAGUUUAACUACCAGGGCACCAAGCGCUGGCUGGAAGACAACCUGGACCACACAGAUUCCAGCCUGCUGCAGGACAACGUGGCCUUCGUCCUCUGCCUGGACACCGUGGGCCGAGGGGACAGCCUGCACCUGCACGUGUCCAAGCCACCCCGGGAGGGGACGCUGCAGCAUGCCUUCCUGCGGGAGCUCGAGACGGUGGCGGCCCACCAGUUCCCCGAGGUGCGCUUUUCCAUGGUGCACAAGAAGAUCAACCUGGCGGAGGACAUGCUGGCCUGGGAGCACGAGCGCUUCGCCAUCCGCCGGCUGCCCGCCUUCACCCUGUCCCACCUGGAGAGCCACCGCGGCGGCCAGCGCAGCAGCAUCAUGGAUGUGCGGUCCCGGGUCGACUCUAAAACCCUGACACGCAACACGAGGCUCAUCGCCGAGGCCCUGACGCGGGUCAUCUACAACCUGACGGAGAAGGGCACGCCCCCCGACAUGCCGGUCUUCACGGAGCAGAUGCAGAUCCAGCAGGAGCAGCUAGACUCAGUGAUGGACUGGCUCACCGAGCAGCCGCGGGCCGCGCAGCUGGUGGACAAGGACGGCCCGUUCCUCAGCACGCUGGAGCAUUACCUGAGCCGCUACCUGAAGGAGGUGAAGCCGCACCACGUCAGGGCCGACAAGCGGGACCCUGAGUUCGUCUUCUACGACCAGCUGAAGCAGGUCAUGAACGCCUACAGGGUCAAGCCGGCCAUCUUUGACCUGCUCCUGGCCGUGUGCAUCGGCGCCUACCUCGGCAUGGCCUACACGGCCGUCCAGCACUUCGACCUGCUGUACAGAACGGUGCAGAGGCUGCUGCUGAAGGCCAAGACGCAGUGACCUGCCACCCGCGCCCCCGCCCCGUGGCCGCCCCCGUGCUGGCCGUGUGCUCGAGGACCCGGGCUCCUUCCUCUUGGUGUCCCUCGGACUCACUCGGAGCAGCUUUGGCGGCAUCCCGGGGUCAGGCCUCGGACUCGGGGACACGCCUGGAGCCGGCCACGACCCUCAGGGCCACCAAGCCCGCCACGACAGGACAUGCGCCCCGGCAGCCUCGGUGGCACUCUGCCCGCGGUGCUGAGCGGGGACUGCGGGCCCCGGGGUCGGGCCACCCUGCGUGCUGCUCCGCGUCCCGCCAGCAGCUCAGACGCUCGCCUCCCUCGUGUGUGAAGCCGCCACGCCAGCCAUGGGGGCUCCGGUCCCCACCCCUCGCUCGGAGGCCCGCUCCGGGCGGCCCGGGGACGCGGCUCCCUGCUCCCCGGCCGUCUUCCCUCCUCUGACCCCCGACCCGGCCCUCCGGGCUGUCCCUGCGCUCGGCCUGGGCCCUGGGGCCAGAGGGGCCCCUCCCUGGCUGCUGCUCUCCCGGCUACCGGGCCUGGUUCCUCAUCCGGGAGCGGGGGCUGCGUCCCGGGGAGCCAUCCGGGCUGGGGGUCGAGUGAGAGCGUCUGCCGGAGGGUCGCGCCCGUGGGCCGUGGGGAGGUCUGGGCCCGACCCCUCACCCAGGCGCCUGGUGGGCGUGGGGGAGGGAGCGGGGCCUCCAGGGCCGCCGACCUCAGGGAGCCGGGGAACCGGAUCGCUAGCAAUAUGAGCCGCGCAGGGUGAGGGCUGGGGGUCUCGGCGUCGCUGACCCCCAGGGGCCCAGCCCUCCGCCUCCCCCUCGGCCCCCGUCCUCCGCCCUGCUGUGUGCCCGUCCCCCCAGCACCGGUGACCUAGAGGGGCCGGCGGUGAGCGUCCCCCCCGGCGGUCGGCAGGCCCCUGGCCGCCCCGAGCUCAGGCUGCAGUGGGAUGAUCAGAAAUAAAGCCAUAUCGAAAGAUCGGCCUGGCG